AUGGCUGAAGAAAAAACAUUUCGUUAUGGACUUAUUGUCCUGGGAUUCUUUCUGGUCAUGAUUGGCAUGUUCAUCAUGAGUGUGGAGAAACCACAAAUCUAUAUCACUUUCUGCACCCUGGGAGUCUUGGUCAUUGCUGUGGGCAUCAUCUGGAGCAUGUGCCAGUGCUACCCAAAGAUCAGAGUUGUUUCCAUUGACUCGGAGUCUGAGAAGUUUCUUGUAAAGAACCCAGAAUGUGAAAAGUUCCUUGUAAAGAAGUUGGCUGCCUCAUCAUCUAUUGAAAAUAAGAUUCCUGAGAAGAAAAGUUUGCAAACCCAAUACACAAGCCAGGAAGAAGCUGACAUAUAUGAGAAAAGCCUGCCCACUUAUGAACAGAUCCAAACAAACAGUUCUGCAGAAUACUUGGGAACUUUGCCCAUCCCAGUGCCACUAGUCAGGACACAAAGACAUCCUAAUGUACAUGCCAAGGCAGAUGUCCACAGGGACUCAGAGAGUAAUGAGAGCCCUAACAGAGAUGCAACAACUGGACUGAACUGUCCAUCUAAGAGGUUUCCAAAGGGGGCACCAUUGGCAUCUCUUCAAGAGGAAGUGGACACUUCUUCGUUGGACUCCACUUCCAACAGCCCAUUUUUACAGAGAUGGAAAGAUGUCCCAAAUUCAGUGUCUCUAACGGGAAGCCAGCUCCAAUUCAAGCUUCCUUCUUAUGAAGAUUUUGCCUUGAUUGAUUCCCUGGCGGUGGAAGGUCAGGGGCAGAGCAAUGAAAACACCACGACCCCAAGUCAAAGCCAUUGCUCUGUUCCUCCUACAUCAGGUGAUGGCAUUGUGGGAAUAGCAGAUUGUGGUCCUCUGGAAUGCAGCAGAGCCUUGCAGGAGGCAGAAGAGGAUGAUUUAUACUAUGGGAUCCAGGAAAGUCCAAGAGACAGCUUUCCUUCUGUUGUUGUUGCUGAACCAAAGCCAUAA